AUGAAGUACUCCUUCACCACAGUGGCGCUCACCGCCGCCAUAAUGGCCGACAGCGCCCUCAGCGCCCCAGCCACUCUAUCACCACGAACCCUCAACCGAGACUACAAAGUCUCCCUCGACCCGCGUCCCUUCUACCUCGUCAACAACAUGACAGACUCCCACCUAAAAUCCGCCCUAAACCGCUGUCAAAAUGGUCCCUUCAGUAUAACCGACUUCUCAAUCGGCCACCGCGGCGGUGCAACCCUUCAAAUCCCAGAAGAAACCGUCGAAAACACAAUCGCAGGAGCCCGAAUGGGCGCCGGUGUUCUAGAAUGCGACGUAGCUUUCACAAAGGAUCGUGAACUCGUCUGUCGUCAUUCUCAGUGCGAUUUACAUACUACCACUGACAUCCUACUUCGUCCCGAACUUGCCAAAAAAUGCACCGUACCUUUCAAACCCGCCAGUGGGGGUUCAUCCGCCACAGCAUUGUGCUGUACAAGCGAUAUCACUCUCGAAGAGUAUAUGUCCCUAUGCUCCAAAAUGGACGCAUCAAACUCCAAAGCCACCACCCCACUAGAAUACCAAGGCUCCCCACCAACCUGGCGCACCCAACUCUACGAAACAUGCGGAAAAGUCAUGUCUCUAGAAUCCUACAUCGACCUCGUCGACUCCAUCCCCGGAAACAGGAAAUUCACUCCAGAACUCAAAACCCCCCCUUCACAAGUCCCCAUGCCCUUUCAAACCACAAAGGGUCCUUACACCCAAGAACAAUACGCCCGCGAUAUGAUCGAGACUUUCAUCAAAAAGGACAUCGACCCAUCUCGCGUAUGGCCACAAUCUUUCCUCCCCGCCGACGUCUACCAAUGGAUCAAAGAAUACCCAACAACAUUCGGUCAACAAGCCGUCUUCCUCGACGAAUCAGGUGAUCCACCAAGUAACCCCACCGCCGCAGCCGCACAACUCCCAGCUAUCAGAAAGAAAGGCGUAAACGUCCUUUCUCCACCAUUAAACUACCUCCUCACAAUUGACCCAAAGACACAAAAGGUAGUUCCAUCUGAAUACGCCAAAGUCGCAAAGAAAGAAGGAUUCGUCAUCAUCCCCUGGACAUUCGAACGUUCCGGUCCCUUGGGUACAGUCAAAGCUAGAGGCGAAUACUACUACGGCAGUAUCGCAGAUGUCAUGAAAACCGACGGACAAAUGUACGAAGUUCUUGACGUGUUAGUCAAGAAGAUUAAAAUCGCUGGUAUCUUCAGCGAUUGGAGCUCUACGAUCACCUACUAUGCAAACUGCUUCAAGCUGUCUGGACCUAAGAUCUUGAAACAGAAGAAGUGGGGCAAGGGCGGAAAGAGAGAAGGUGAGGAGAAUUAA